AUGGCUACCCUCCUGGUCAUUUUCUUGGCCUUGUCCUCAUUAGGAAAUGCACUUUCUACCUCAUCCUUCAUUCCCAAAGACAAUUUUCUGAUUGAUUGUGGUUCAGAUAAUGCAGCCACACUCCCUGAUGGAAGAGAAUUCAAAUCAGACCCUCAAGCAAGAUCCUUCUUGCAAGCCAAUGAUGAGUACAUGGUCUCAGCAGAUGGUGUAAAUGUUUCCUCCUAUCCCAUAUAUUCAAAUGCAAGGAUCUUCAUUCAGGAAGCCAAGUAUUCAUUCCAUUUGGUUCAACCAGGAUUUCAUUGGAUCAGGCUCCAUUUCUAUCCCAUCAAGAACAAUGUCUUUGAUCUUCAAAAGGCCACUUUCUCUGUCUUCACAGACACAUAUGUUCUCCUACACAGCUUCAAUGUUAACAACACUGAAAAGGCAAUCCUCAAGGAGUACCUCAUCAAUGCAACUGAACCUCAAUUAACCUUGGCAUUCAUUCCCCUCAAGAAUUCAGCUGCAUUCAUCAAUGCCAUUGAGGUUGUUUCAGCUCCUGAUGACUUGAUCUUUGACACUGGAUCCGGCCUUUUCCCAGUCAGCGAGUUUGGCGGCCUCACGGCUUAUGGUUUUGAAGCUGUUUACAGGCUCAACAAUGGAGGGCCCUUGAUCACCUCAUCAAAUGACACCCUUGGAAGAACUUGGGAACCUGAUGACACUUACCUCACAAACAAGAACUUGGCAAAGAAUGCCUCUGUGGCUACCAAUGCCAUUAAGUUCCCCAAAGACAAUCCAACAAUUUCCCCUCUCAUUGCACCACAAACUGUGUACUCCUCUGUCACUGAAAUGGGUGAUGCUGGUGUCAAUCAGCCAAAUUUCAAUGUCUCAUGGAAAUUUGAUGUGGAUGAUGCUUUUAGCUACCUUGUUAGAUUACAUUUCUGUGACAUUGUGAGCAAGGGCCUCAAUGAACUCUACUUUAAUGUCUAUGUUAAUGGGAAGAUGGCAAUUUCUAACUUGGAUUUGUCAGCUAUCACUGGAGCCUUGGCAACCCCAUAUUACAAAGACAUUGUGGUCAAUGCAACAUUGAUGUCUGAAGGACUAACAGUUCAGGUAGGUCCAGCAAAUGCGGAUGGCGGAAAUGCCAAUGCCAUUUUGAAUGGUGUGGAGGUCUUGAAGAUGAGCAACUCUGUCAACAGUUUAGAUGGAGAAUUUGGAGUUGAUGGAAGAAGGAUAGGUGGUUCUAACCGUGGCACGGUGGCAGCAGUUGGAUUUGCCAUGAUGUUUGGAGCUUUUGUGGGUCUUGGUGCUAUGGUGAUCAAGUGGCACAAGAGGCCUCAAGACUGGCAAAAGAGGAAUAGCUUCUCUUCAUGGUUACUGCCUCUGCAUGCUGGUGACACAAGCUUCAUGAGCAGCAAGAACUCAAUGGGAAAGAGCAAUAUCUUCUCCUCAUCAAUGGGAUUAGGAAGGUACUUCUCCUUUUCAGAACUGCAGGAAGCAACCAAGAACUUUGACUCCAAGAACAUCAUUGGUGUUGGUGGAUUUGGCAAUGUCUAUUUAGGUGUGAUUGAUGAGGGGACUCAAGUGGCAGUCAAGAGAGGAAACCCACAAUCAGAACAAGGCAUAAAUGAAUUCCAAACUGAGAUUCAAAUGUUGUCCAAGCUCAGGCACAGGCACCUGGUUUCCUUGAUUGGAUACUGUGAUGAGAAUGAUGAGAUGAUCCUGGUUUAUGAGUACAUGCCUAGUGGACACUUCAGAGACCACCUCUAUGGAAAGAACAUGACCAUGACUCCUCUUUCAUGGAAGCAAAGGUUAGAGAUAUGCAUUGGAGCAGCUCGCGGUCUUCACUACCUUCACACCGGCACUGCACAAGGCAUCAUUCACCGCGAUGUUAAGACCACCAACAUCUUGCUUGAUGAGAAUUUGACAGCCAAGGUUUCUGAUUUUGGACUUUCAAAGGAUGCACCAAUGGGGCAGGGUCAUGUUAGUACUGCAGUGAAGGGUAGCUUUGGUUAUCUUGACCCUGAGUACUUCCGGAGGCAGCAACUAACUGAAAAGUCUGAUGUGUACUCAUUUGGGGUAGUCCUGCUUGAGGCACUAUGUGCAAGGCCAGCCAUUAACCCACAGUUGCCCAGGGAACAAGUAAACUUGGCUGAUUGGGCAAUGCAAUGGAAGAGGAAGGGCUUGCUUGACAAGAUCAUUGACCCUCACCUUGUUGGUUCCAUCAAUCCUGAGUCUAUGAAGAAGUUUGCUGAGGCUGCUGAAAAGUGCUUGGCUGAUCAUGGAGUUGAUAGGCCUUCAAUGGGAGAUGUUCUUUGGAACCUGGAGUAUGCAUUGCAGCUUCAAGAAGCCUUCACGCAAGGAAAGGCUGAGGAUGAGAUCAAGUCUUCUGCAGCUGUUCCUACUUCACCAGCUCCACAAACACCUUCCACCCCCUCUGAUGCUCCAGAAGUCAUUAAUGCUCCACCAGUCAAUGAUGCUCCACCUGUGAAUAAUGCUCCAUCAGUGAACAACACUCCAGCCGAAGCCGAAGCCGAAUCCGAAGCCCGUGCUGUUGAUGACCAUUCUGGAAUGUUUGCCCAGUUUGAUCGCCUUAAUGGCAGGUGA